AUGGAGAAUGACGGAUUCAAGGUACAAAUAAAUGAUUAUGAUAGUUAUCAAUCACCGCCAUCCAAACUAGACCAAUUAUAUGGCCAAGUUCGGCAAGUCCCGAUCAUUCGAAUAUAUGGAUCAGUAGCCAUCGCUGGCGGGUGCUGUAACAUACUAGUUCAUGUUCACAAUUGCUACCCGUAUCUUUACUUGGAAGCUAAAGAAGAAGAUCUUCAUCUUCUUAGCUCUGAAAAGUACAUCUCAAGUAUAGUGGAGUACUUAGAGACAAAGAUCACCAGUUCUUUCAAAAAGGCAAAUGCAAAUGAUGACGAAGAAUCCGAGCUCGACAUGCAAAUAGAAGCAAAUGAGACAACAGAAAGGAGCAGAGCAGAAGUAGGAGAUGAUAGAAGAAAAUAUAUUGCAAAUGUUGUUGUGUGCAAAGGCUUUCCUAUUUACGGUUACUACAUGAAGAGAAAACUUUUUUAUAAGAUAUCUCUAUUAUCGCCUUUGUACAAAACAAGGUUGACCAAACUAAUACACGACAAAGAAAUAUCUUUUGAAAGUGUUAGAUUGAAAUUUGGUGCUCAUACUUCAUCAUCUUCCUCUUAUGUUUUUGAAUCGCAUUUGCAAUAUUUAAUGCAAUUUAUGACUGACUUUAAUUUGUUUGGUUGUGCGUGGCUUGAGAUAAACGAUUUUCACUUUAGAUCACCGAUAGUUUGUAGAACGGUCACUUCAGACUUCAAGGAAUCUUUAAAGUCUUAUGUUCGCUGCGAUAACGUUCUACGUGAAAAGGAGUUCACAAGGAUUGGCACUUCUUUGCUAGAAAUUGACGUAUCAACUAAGAAUAUUACAAAUAGAGAUCUCUUGAAGGAACGAGAUAUUCAUAGUGGACUUUUUGAACUUAAUAAAUUUAAAAAUGGUAUUUUCGACCAUGAAGUUUACUUAUCGUCAGUACACCAUGUCUACGAGGACUUGAAGUAUCAAUGCGAGUCCAGAAAUUUAAGUAUGGUAGAUUCUCAAGGCUUACAUGACAUGUAUCAAGGGAUGGGGGAAACGAAGUGGAGUAACCAAUCUGCUUUGAAUGAUUUGCUACAAUACGUAGUUACAUUGAACAAGCAAAAUAUGAAGAAAGAUGCAACUUUCAAGGAAGAGAUUGAUUCAUACAGUACAAUACCAACAUGUUUUGAAGUGGUCGAUGUUCAAAAGUACAAGAAAAGCUCAUUUCCAAUGGGAAGACGAGAAUUGUAUGUUUGGAAUCUUUACGAAGAAUUAUUUACUGAUAAUAGUCCAAGUGACGUGUCCACGGAAAAGCAUUACCAAUUUCCUCCAGAAAUAAGCUUUAACAGCACCUUCACUCAGUCGAACGACGAGAUGGAUGAUGACCAAAUUGAGGUUAUCAACGAUUCUAAUCAUGAAAUAAAAGAAAUAGACGCAGACUCAGACCCAAAGUUAGAAAUUAUUCUGGACUCGUUUACUUCCAAGUCACUUCCAAAAAACACUGUUAUUGAGUCAGCUGAUGAUAUUUCACUGCAUUUGAUCUCUGGGAAUGAUGGAAUUGAUGAGAGCAUGAUAUUUGAAAUGACUCAGAGGCAAAAUAAGAAAAGGUCAUUUUCAGAUGUGAGCGAGCUGGAAAUUGAUUCGAUACAAGUUUCUUCAACACCACUAUCCCAGAAUUCCGGUAUUAAAGGCUAUUCAACCCAACUUUGUGCAUAUGAGCUUAUAACUGAUUUAAAUCUUCAAAGGGAUAAUAUUUACACUUAUUUUGACCAAAAAGGUCUUCUUAGAGUAAACUACAAAGACCCAUCCUAUGAAAGGGAGUCAGAUAUGCCUAGUAAAUCUAUGGUGUUUGCUAACAGACGUAUCUCAGUGCAGUGUUUCAAUGAUGAUACGCUUCCUUGGUUAGAGUUCUCAAAACGUAUUAAGGAUACACUAGCUAUUGAAAAUAAAGACAAUUCAUAUAAUUUGGAAAAUUGGCAGUAUGCUAUGGCCCCUCCUCUGAAAGAUGAAAUUUUAGCUUGGAUACGAAGCGAAGAGGCUGUUGAAAUGAAGAAGAGAGAGAAAUACAGAUCUCAAAUUGAGCCCCCCCUUUCUAUCGAACGCUUUAAAUUUUCAUAUUGUUCAGCAAAAGUGAAGAGAAGACCAGACGGAUAUUUCAAUUUGAGUAACUUUUAUUUGGAAAUACAUUCAAAGACUAGAAAUGAUUUACUUCCGAACCCGUUAACAGAUCCAAUAUCAGCAAUAUUUUUCUUAUUUGAUGAUACGAACAAUAUGUUCAGCAGCUUGAAAUUAAAAAAUGGUAUUCUAUGCUUAAAAGAUUGCCUCAGUGAAAAGCACCCUAACUUUAAUACUUCGAAUGUUCUAAAUGAUUGUGAGGUUUUUGAAACUUUUGACAAUGAGUCUGAGAUGAUAGAUCGUUUAGUGGGAAUAGUGGAAAUAUUGGAUCCCGAUAUCCUCUCUGGCUAUGAAAUAAAUGCUUCAUCAUGGGGAUAUAUCAUUGAAAGGUUUAAGCACGUUCAUGAGAUAAAUAUGCUAGCAAGAUUGAGUCGCUGUAUAUCCAGAAGCAAUGGGACAUUUGGGGACAGGUGGGGUUAUACUCAUACUUCGUCCAUCAAAAUUAAUGGGAGACAUAUGUUGAAUAUAUGGCGACUUAUCAAAUCUGAUUUGAGCUUGACUGAUUAUUCAUUGGAGAAUGUAUCAUAUCACUUAUUACAUCAGUCAAUACCUAAAUAUGCUAAUAAGAAACUAAGUGAAUGGUUACUGAGUAAUGAUUACAUGAAACGUAAUUUGUUUUUCAAGUAUUAUUUGUGCAGAGUGCAAUCUGAAAUAAAAAUUGUGGAAAUUCAAGAGUAUGUUACCAGAAAUGUCGAAUUCUCUCGUUUAAUUGGUAUUGAUUUUAAUUCUAACUUUUAUAGAGGGUCUCAGUUCAAAGUUGAGUCUAUUUUGUCACGAAUAUGUAAGCAAGAAAACUUGCUAUUGAAUGCUCCAUCAAAAAAACAAGUCCACGUUAUGAGACCCUUGGAGUGUAUACCUCUAGUUAUGGAGCCUAAUUCUAGUUUUUACAAGUCACCUUUACUAGUGCUUGAUUUUCAAUCGCUAUAUCCAUCCACAAUGAUAGCUUAUAAUUAUUGUUAUUCAACGUUGUUGGGCAAAUUAAAUAACUUCAAGAAUAAUAAGAAUCAUAUUGGUUAUGUUAAGAACUUGAGCUUACCUCCUGGUUUAGUAGAGUUUCUUGUCAAAGAAAAUGCAGUUAACGUAUCUCCAAAUGGCUUUAUGUUUGUAAAAAGAUCAGUGAGAAAAUCAAUAUUAUCGAAGAUGUUAAGAGAGAUUCUUGACAUUCGUUUUCAAGUAAAAUCAGUAAUGAAGAUUUUGGAAGAUGAUAAAGAAUUGAAAAAGUUACAAAAUUCGAGACAGUUAGCGCUUAAGUUGAUAGCAAAUGUGACAUAUGGUUACACAUCUGCAACAUUCAGCGGUAGGAUGCCAAAUUCUGAUAUUGCGGAUGCUAUUGUGUCUACUGCUAGGGAAAUAUUAACUCAAUCAAUAGAGCUUAUAGAAAGUAGUGGGGUAGGUGCAAAAGUUGUUUAUGGAGAUACUGAUUCGCUUUUCGUAUAUUUACCAGGAAAAUCAAGAAAUGACGCAUUCAAAAUAGGAAAUCAACUUUGCCUGAGAAUAAGCAAAGCGUUUCCCGACCCCAUUACCUUGAAAUUUGAGAAAGUUUAUCAUCCGUGCUUAUUAUUGAGUAAAAAGAGAUAUGUUGGCUAUAGCUUUGAAAAUCAAUAUCAACGUGAGCCUAAAUUUGAUGCGAAGGGAAUAGAGACUAUUAGAAGAGAUGGCAUUCCUGCUCAACAGAAGAUAGUUGAAAAAGCUCUUCGUAUAUUGUUUGAUACCAAGAAUUUGACCAAAGUAAAGUGUUACGUAUUGGAACAAUUUCAAAAGAUAAUAAUGAACAAAGUCCCAUUGAAUGACUUUUGUUUCGCUAAGGAAGUGAGAUAUGGCACGUACAAAAAUGAAGCUUAUUUACCUCCAGGAGCUAUUGUUGCUAAAAGAAGAAUUCUUCAUGAUGCUAGAAGUGAGCCACAAUAUAGGGAGAGGGUACCUUACGUUGUCAUUAGAAACUCAGAGAAACCUAGAAUUAAGGAUAGAAGUGUAUCUCCAGAAGAAUACAUAAAGUCGUAUGAUACAGCAAUGCCAAUGGUGUUAGAUUAUGAAUACUACAUUACUAAGGUCUUGAUUCCUCCUCUUGAAAGAUUAUUUAAUUUAAUUGGUGUUAAUAUCAAAAGCUGGUACGACGAGCUUCCCAAAAUGAGCACUAUUUCGCUUGAUAAGGCAAGUACGUUUAAUGCGUUGCAAUCAUUAAAUUCAAACAAUUGCUUGUACUGUGGGUCUCAUUUGGAGCCUCGCAGUGUAAGAAAGUUAUGCAAAUCAUGUAUUGAGCUGAAGUCGCUUCUAAUUUCAAAACUGUUUUCCAAGCUUAAAGAGCAUGCCGCAAAAUUUCAAAGUCUUGAACACUCCUGUGGAACUUGCAAUAAUGCCAACUUUGGUAUAGUGGGAAAUAGAACAGUUGAAAAAAACAUUUCUGCAGACUGUAUAAAUAAAUGCUGUAUCAUAUAUUGGAAUAAAUUCAGGGCAAAAAAUGAGUCUCAUGCAAUGUUUCAGAAGAAUUCUGAAAUAUUAGAGCAACUAGAUUGGUGA